AUGGCGGAGCCCAAGGAUGAUUAUCACACCAUGGAGCUUUCAAGGCGAAGCAUCCAGAUCUCAGACUUGCAGGAGGAGCUCGACGGCGGAAGGGAUCGGCAGAGACAAGCGGAGGACCGCUCGGCAGUCUUGGAACGACAAAUGGAGAAGCUGAAGGUGGAAAUCUCCGUGCGGAAGAGCAAGAUCCAGGAGAUGGACGACCAAGUGGCUGCCGAUGAGGCCGCCUGCCUUCAAUCUCAGCGCACGCUGCGGGAGGCAGCCGAGGCCGCGCAGGCGGAGCUGUCACGGCUCCAGGAAGAGCUGGCCGUGGCGCAAGCGGCUGUGGCGCAGGCAGAAGCACAGGCUGAGGCACGUAGAGCAGCAGAAGCGGCAGAGGAGGAGGACAGAAGACGGCUGGCCGAAGAAGCAGCGCAGGCUCAGCAGCUGGCAGCAGCACAAGAAGCUGUACGAGCUUCACAGGCAAACGUGGAAAAGACAAAGGCUGACCUCCGCGACCUGGAGGCGGCUCUUACUGUGGACAAGCAGGGCACCAAGGAGCUGACGGAAUCCGUGGCUGAGGCGGAGGAGAAGAGAGAUGCUGCCCGAGCUGAGUGUGAACGAUUGGCCACAGUCCUCGAGGCGUUGAGCUCCAAAGGUGAGCUUCAUCGCUUGCGAGAGGCUGUCGCUUCCAAGCAGGCAGAGCAGCAGCGGCUCACACAGGAGCUGGCCAGCCAAAGGCGGGAGACGGCAUUCCAGAGAAUGUCCAUGCAAGGGCGGCUUGAUGAGACUCAGAGGAUUAUGAGGGAUCACCUCUCGGAGACGCAGCGCCAGAUGGAGGGCACACGUGAAAACUUGGCCGAUUCACCGCUCUGCGGUCUGAUGUCUUCGCUGAAAGAGGCGAGGAUGCAAGCAGAAGCCUUGUCUGCCAAGAGGCUUGACAUGGAGGCGCAAGCCAAAGAGCUUGAAAAGGAGGUGUCCGACCUACAAGGAUCUCGGAAGCUGGAUCCGUCAGCCGUGGAGCAAGAGCACCAUGAGUCUUUGCAGAAGGAGCUUAUCGGCGUCCGAGAUGAUCUGGAAGCGGCCAGAAGGAGGCACGAUCUGAGCUAUGGCUCGGAGGAUCCCGAAGAGGUUCGUGGUGCGGCGAGCAAGAACAAUUCGAUGCACAGCAUUGCCAGUGCGGCCAAGCAGAGCUCGGAAGACCCUGCUGAAAAAUCGAGGAGGGCACGGGCCUCCGUCAUCGCAGGGGACUUUAUCAAAGCAGAAGACGCGGACUCUUCGGCGGAGCAAACGCCAACAGAGAACAAGAAGUCUAUGUUCACGAAGGUGUCAUCAUUUUCCUUGUGGUUCGUGACGAACUACUACGUCGGAAACGUUAUGGCUUGUGUUGUCUUGGUUGAUGCCGUUUGUACAUGGGUAGACAUUGAUGCGCGUGCAGCCGGCCUCAGUUCUCCACCGCAGUUCUUCAUGGUGUUCUCCGACAUUAGCUUGGCACUCUACAGCACUGAAGUUUUGCUACUGCUCGUCGGAAAAGGCUUCUUCGGUGUGCUUGUUGAUUGGAUGGCGCUUCUCGAUGUGACAAUAGUUCUGUGCGGCUAUCUGGAGGUUGUGCUGAAUGCUGUGGCCCCUGCGGACAUGACGAACAGCCUGAGUGUCAUGCGUGCUUUGCGAUUGGCCCGUAUCUUCCGCUUGUUGCGCCUCUUCCGGAGAAUCCGCGCCUUGCGUGAGCUCCAGAAAUUAGUUACGAUGAUGGCUACGUGCCUUCGGACUUUGGUCUGGUCAUUCCUGCUUUGCUUCGUGAUCAUGACCAUCUGGGCCAUGCUUUUGGUUGAGGUGGUGAACCCCCUCAUUCAGGAUAUGGUUGAAGAAGGGCACGAGAUCAUUAGCAAUUGUCCAUACUGCAGGUCCUCCACAAGCUCAGUAAUGGAGGCUACCUUGCUACUCUUCAAGACAGUGAUUGCCGGAGAUAGCUGGGGUCAGGUGGCCGUUCCAGUCAUACUUCGGAAUCCGGAGACGGCAUUCAUCUUCGUAGGCUCCCAGUUGUCGCUGGUGUUUGGCGUGUUGAACAUCAUCGUGGCAGUCGUCGUCGACACCUUUGCGGAGGCCAGGCAGAAUGACAUUUUGAACCUUGCCGAAGAAAUGGAGCAAGAUAUUGAGAAGGAUCGAGAAGCCCUCGGAAAACUCUUUGCCAGGAUUGACAAGGACGGCAGCGGGCAGCUUUCGCUGGACGAGCUGAUUCGGGGUGCUCGCCGUGAUCCAGUUUUCCAGAGCCGGCUCAGAGUAAUGGACAUCGACGAGAAUGACUUACAGCAGCUCUUCAGCAUGAUCGACGUGGACAACAACGGCACGAUCGAAGUGGGAGAAUUUAUUGGACCCUUGAGCAGAUGGGUUCAUGACUCCAAGACCGCACCCAGGUUCAUUAAGUACAACAUGCUGCAGACGAUGCAGUUGCAAGAAGACCUCUACAGCCUAUCCAAGCACUAUUUCGGCCACCUGGCUGAGCGGAUCGAUACCCUGGCUGCGCAGAUGAGCAUCGUGCGCGGCGCCGUGCCCUCGUCUGAAUCUCGGCAGUCAUCCGUUAUGCAAUCGCAGUCCUUGGGCAUGGCCAGGUUCCGACAACCUACAGAAAACGCUGAGGAAAUCAAAAUUGAGCAGCCUCAUUGCUCCAGAAAGGCAGAGACACUUUGCCUCGCAUACUCCUCCCCGGCUACGUCAGAAACGACAGUGACAACAAGCGAAGUGAUCACUGACUCGUGUGGCGACCAGUUGGGCGAGCUUCGACACAAGGGCGCCCACACGGAUGGAGCAGUUGAGGCUCUCAUAGAUGCUGCGGUUAUCAAAAUCGAAUUCGGAAUGAUUGAAAUGGAGGGCAGGUUGAAACGAGCACUGGCAGGAAUUCCAGCCGAUGGGCAUGCGCCUCCUGCAAGAGCUUCAAACCCCACAUCCUCGCAGGACAUGAAGGCUUUCCGGAAAGAUGACCUCUUCAGGUCCGUGUAUGGAGACCGUGGCAUUCGAACAUCCAGAAAAAUGGCCACAGCUUCAGCAGCCCAAAUUACCUUCGGCGACGGCCCAGUGGCUGCUGCCGCAGCCGUGCGGAGAAAGAAUUCCGGCGAGCUCGGCCUGCAGCAGGUAGUGACAGCGACUUGA